AUGGAAGGUGCAGUGGAAGCUACCAAUCCUGGUCAGUUCUCGAUGCCAAGUGCUGUGGUAGCCCCCGUGAGCAAUCCUGGUCAGCCCUUGAUGCCAAGUGCUGUGGUAGCUGCCCCCACAAGCAAUCCUGGUCAGCCGAGUGCUGUGAUAGCCCCCGUGAGCAAUCCUGGUCAGCCCUUGAUGCCAAGUGCUGUGGUAGCUGCCCCUACAAGCAAUCCUGGUGAGCCGAGUGCUGUGAUUGGUCAGCCCUUCGCGCCAAGUGCUGUGCUAGCUGCCCCAACAAGCAAUCCUGGUCAGCCGUUGAUGCCGAGUGCUGUGCUAGCUGCCCCGACAAGCAAUCCUGGUCAGCCCUCGAUGCCGAGUGCUGUGGUAGCCCCCGUGAGCAAUCUGGCAAGCAAUCCUGGUCAGCCCUUGAUGCCGAGUGCCGCGAUAGCCCCGACAAGCAAUCCUGCCCAGCCCUUGAUGCCGAGUGCUGUGGUAGCUCCUACAAGCAAUCCCGGCCAGCCCUUGAUGCCGAGUGCUGUGGUAGCCCCGUUAAGCAAUCCUGGUGCUGUGGUAGCCCCGACAAGCGAUCCUGUGCCAUUGUCCCCACCAGUUACUCCGGUUGCUGUGGCUCCACGUGUGGUUUCGACAGACAGCCAACCUGAUUCAGCUCAAGAGGAGAAAAUUCGAUCCUACCUCCCCGUUGUCCUUCGCAUCAGCUGCAGCCGCAUCCCCGGCUCCUUCGGACCGGUGGUGCCUCGUGAUCCGGUGCUGGUCACGCCUACACGGGUUCCCGUUGAUGAGGCCGAAACCCAGCCCUUCGACAUCACCUCACUUACUCCGGACUUUGAAAAGCACUCCAGAACUCCCAUCCGUGUCCCAAGUACAGAUGAUGUUGAGCUCAAGCGCUUCAAGUACCAGCAUCCGGGCGAGGUGUUGCCCACAACCCGUGUUUUGAGCCCACCAGAAGAAGUUUCUGCUGCUGCGCCUGCUGCUGAGCCUUUGCCGCCGCCAGCAGAGGUCUUUGGUCGGCGAGACCAGCUGGGCCUCAGGCAGUCGAUUAAGGCAAAGCACUUGGAAUCUGCAGGUGAUGCUGCAGGGCAAGGGGAAAUUACUGGUCCGGGUGGUUAUUUUGAUGGUGUGGAUGAGGGCGAGCCCGAUGCUCCGAAGCCCAGGAAUCUCAAGCGAAAAAAGAGCCUGAAGGGCUUGAAGGGAAAGCGGGGCCGUGGGCUCAAGAAGCUCAAGUCUCUGAAGGGACAGAAGCAUGACAAUGGCUCUGGUGGUGUUGAUGCUCCUGAGCUACCUCAUGAUGGGGCGCCCCUGGGUGAGGAUGAUCUUGGGCAUGAUGAAAGCGUUGAUCCACCAAGCACCCGAGUCACGGGAAAAGCAGCGCCAAAGAAGGCCGAUGUGGAUUACAUGGUCUCCUACUUCCAGUCCUUUGAGGAUCUUGAGGACAGGGAUGCUCUUAAGCAACAGGUUCGGGACCACAUGCCAUGUUUCGAGUAUGUCGCACUGGACAUCUAUUGGAGCCGCUACGGGUGUGGGUUGUCGAUGUACUACGGGGAGUCUCGGAAGGCUGAUUCCAAGAGGAAUGUCGGCUACUUUUCCUACGGCAAUUGUGAUGCUGGUCUUCUGGUAGCCAUUGCCUGUGCGAUUUCCCUUGGCUGGUUCAUCGAAGAGCACAGCAUCAAGGACCCCGAGCUCCCUGCCAUCACCGAAAAGGUCCAGUCUUUGAAGGCUUCCGGCAGACAGACCUUGGAGAGUCUGGAUGCAUAG